UGACACUGAAAAUCGUCAAAAAUUAAAAAAAAAUCUAAAAAUCUGGCAACAGUAGUUGUCAGACACUCACACGGUGUCUAAAAUUUGCGGCUGUCAAACUUCUUUCUCUCCGGCAAAAUCAACGAUGGCGACAGGAACUAUUUACACAUACCCAGAAAAUUUCCGUGCCUACAAGGCAUUGAUUGCUGCCCAAUAUUCGGGUACUCAAGUAAAAGUUGCUGAUAACUUUGUCUUCGGCGAAACAAACAAAUCGGCUGAAUUCUUGAAGAAGUUCCCCAGUGGCAAGGUGCCUGCUUUCGAAUCGAAUGGCAAAUACCUUAGCGAAUCCAACGCCAUCGCUUUCUUCUUGGCCAGUGAACAAUUGCGUGGAGGCAAAUGCCCCUUCGCCCAAGCUCAGGUCCAACAAUGGUUGUCUUUUGCCGACAACGAAGUCGUCCCUGCUUCCUGUGCCUUGGUCUUCCCCUUGUUGGGCAUCAUGCCCCAACAAAAGGGCAGCACUGCCAAACAAGAUGUUGAAGUUGUGUUGGAGCUGUUGAACAAGAAAUUCUUGGAAUCCACCUACUUGGUUGGUGAACGCAUCACUUUGGCCGAUAUUGUUGUAUUCUGCAGUUUGAUGCACGUCUACCAAUACGUCUUGGAUGAGGCCACCCGCAAACCCUACACCAAUGUCAACCGUUGGUUCAACACCAUGCUCCACCAAAAGCAAGUGCAAGCUGUUGUAAAGAACUACACCGUCUGCGAAAAGGCUUUGGUAUUCGAUCCCAAGAAGUAUGCUGAAUUCCAGGCCAAGACUGGUGGCAAGACAACUCAACAAAAGCCCAAGGAAGAGAAGAAACAGGAAAAGAAACCUGCUGCUAAGAAGGAAGAACCUAAAGAAGAGCUCGAUGCCGCCGAUUUGGCUCUCGCUGCCGAACCCAAGUCCAAGGAUCCCUUCGAUGCCAUGCCCAAGGGUACCUUCAACUUUGAUGAUUUCAAGCGUGUCUACUCCAACGAAGAUGAGAAGGUCUCCAUUCCCUACUUCUUUGAAAAGUUCGACCCCGAACACUACUCCAUCUGGUACGGUGAAUACAAAUACAACGAGGAACUCACCAAGUCCUUCAUGUCUUGCAAUCUCAUCUCCGGCAUGUUCCAACGUAUCGACAAGAUGCGCAAGCAAUCCUUUGCCUCCGUCUGCUUGUUCGGUGAUGAUAACAACUCCUCCAUCUCCGGUAUUUGGGUAUGGCGCGGUCAAGGUCUCGCCUUCGACUUGUGUCCCGACUGGCAAAUCGAUUACGAAGUCUAUGACUGGAAGAAAUUGGAUGCCAAAUCCGAAGAAACCAAGAAAUUGGUUGAACAAUACUUCUCCUGGACCGGUACCGACAAACAAGGCCGCAAAUUCAACCAAGGCAAAAUCUUCAAAUAAACUAUUAAAAACACCAGUUAAAACAACAACAACAUCAAUAGCUAUGGCCGCUUUAGCAGCAUAAAAUCAGUCGAGCCGUAAUUUUUUUUGCUACUAAAAAUAAACUACAAACAAAAACCACUAUUAUUUAUGUUAAAUUUUUUUUAAGUGCAGUGAAGGCGUAGUUAUGUCUUGUGUCCCAUUUAUUUGAUUUUAAUUUUUAAAUCUUAGUACAUAGUAGUGUGUUAAAACAACUUGGCCAUAUAACGAUGGAACAUCAAACGGCUUGUUUGUCUGAUUUGUAUUUUGCAUUGUACUAUUUUAAUUCUCGCCUAUUUUUUUUUUAUAUAUAUGUAAUUAAAAGAAACAUGUUUUUGUAAUACAUUUUCCACAAAACAAAACUCAACACAA